ACUUGUUUGACAGAUAGCUUUGUUGAUGUGACGAUGUUUGGCGCUAUUAUUUUAUUUACUUGAAUUGACUUAAAUUAUUUCGAAUGGUGGUGCAAAACUACUUGACUGCAGCCAAAAUGCCGGCAUUUCUUAAGUAUAUUGAUAUGGAAAACUUCAAGUCCUAUCGGGGGCACCACCGCAUAGGACCUCUGAAAUCGUUUACAGCGGUGGUAGGCCCCAACGGUUCAGGAAAGUCAAACUUCAUGGAUGCUGUGAGUUUUGUGAUGGGAGAGAAGACUUCCUUGCUGCGUGUGAAGCGCCUCAGUGAUCUGAUACACGGAGCAUCCAUCAACAAACCUGUGUCUAGAAGUGCUUCAGUAACAGCAACAUUUGUGCUUGAAGACCUCACUGAGAAGCAGUUCCAGAGGUCAGUCAUAGGACAGUCUUCUGAACACAAGAUUGAUGGACAGUCUGUAUCAACAUCACACUACCUGAGCGAGCUGGAAAAGCUGGGCAUCAAUGUGAAGGCCAAGAACUUCCUGGUGUUCCAGGGAGCCGUGGAGAGCAUCGCCAUGAAGAACCCCAAGGAAAGGACUGCUCUCUUUGAGGAGAUCAGUGGGUCGGGAGUCCUGAAGGAGCAGUACGAGGCGUGUCGCGCGGAAGUGAACCGCGCGGACGAGGAGGCGCAGUUCUCUUACCAGAAGAAGAAGGGGGUGGCCGCCGAGAGGAAGGAGGCCAAGUUCGAGAAGGAGGAGGCAGAGAAGUACACAAGGCUUAAGGAGGAACUGCAAGAACAAAAAGUCGAGCUCCAGCUGUUCCACCUCUACCACAAUGAGAAAGAGAUCCAGUCCAAUGAAGAAGACCUGCAGCACAAGCAAUCUGAACUCACUAAAGUGGAGAAGAAGCGCCAGAAGGCUGAGGAAGCCCUGAAGGAGAAGAAGAAGGAGGCGGGAACUGCGGCGCGCGAGCUGGCGAAGAUCGAGCAGGAGAUCAGGGAAGUGGAAGCAGAAAUCUCCAAGAAGCGUCCGACCUUCAUAAAAGCCAAAGAACGAGUGACCCACACACAGAAGAAGCUCGAGAGUGCAAUGAAGACAUUAGAACAGGCUCGGAAGGCGCACGAGGCUCACCAGGCGGACAUCAAGAAGCUGGAGGACGAGCUGCGCCAGGUGGAGGAGCAGAAGGCGGAGUGGGAGCAGACCACGCUCGGGGCCUCACACGCGGGCCGCGCCGACGUGCAUCUGGAGGAGGCGCAGAUCCGCGAGUACGAGGAGCUGAAGAUGGAGGCGUCCCGCCAGGCGGCGCGCUACCUGCAGGAGCUGGACUCCGUGAACCGCGAGCAGAAGGCGGACCAGGACCGCCUGGACAACGAGCUGCGCCGCAAGGGGGAGCUCGAGAACAAGCACAGGCAGAAGGGACACGAGAGAAACGAGGCUAUGAAGCGAGUGGACAAGCUGAACGAGCACAUCAAGAGCUCGGAGCAGGCGCUCGAGGAACAGAGGAGGCUGCGUGCUGAAUUACAGGCGGACGUGGGCGAGUGUCGCGGGCGCGCGGCGGAGCUGCAGGCGCAGCUGGAGGCCGUGGCCGCCGCGCUGGGCGACGCGCGCGUCGACAAGCACGAGGAGGCCAGGCGACGCAAGAAGCAGGAGAUCGUCGAGAGCUUCAAGCGGGACAUACCCGGCGUCUACGACCGCAUGAUUAACAUGUGCCAACCGACUCACAAGCGAUACAACGUGGCCAUCACUAAAGUGCUCGGCAAGUACAUGGAGGCCAUCGUCGUCGACACGGAGAAGACCGCGAGACGCUGUAUACAGGUUUUAAAAGAGAGAAUGUUGGAACCAGAAACCUUCCUUCCUUUAGAUUAUAUUCAAGCCAAACCAUUGAGGGAGCGAUUGAGGGACAUAAAGGAGCCCAAGAACGUGAAGCUGUUGUUCGACGUGCUCCGCUUCGAGCCGGCCGCCAUCCACCGCGCGGUCCUGUUCGUCACCAACAACGCGCUCGUCUGCGAGACCCCCGAGGACGCCUCGCGCGUGGCCUACGACCUGGACCGCAGCAAGAACAGCCGCUACGAUGCGCUGGCGCUGGACGGUACGUUCUACCAGAAGUCGGGCAUCAUCUCGGGCGGCUCGCUGGACCUGGCGCGGAAGGCCAAGCGCUGGGACGAGAAGCAUCUGUCGCAACUCAAGUCCAAGAAGGAGAAACUGACGGAGGAGCUGCGCGAGUCCAUGAAGAAGUCCCGCAAGGAGUCGGAGCUGACCACCGUGGACUCGCAGAUCCGGGGGCUGGAGUCGCGACUCAAGUACGCCAUCACCGACAGGGACACCACGCUCAAGCAAAUAAAGGCUCUGGACGCGGAGUUAGCUGAGCUCGAGAGGAAGAUGGACUUGUUUGGACCGCAAGUGGAGGACAUCGAGCGCACGAUCCGCGCGCGCGACGCCAAGAUCCAGGAGGUGAAGGAGAACAUGAACAACGUGGAGGACGUCGUGUUCCGCGGCUUCUGCAGGGACAUCGGGGUCGCUAAUAUACGGCAGUACGAGGAGCGCGAGCUGCGCGCGCAGCAGGAGCGCGCCAAGCGGCGCAUGGAGUUCGACGCGCACAUCGACAGGAUCACCUCCAACCUGGAGUUCGAGAGGUCGCGCGACACGCAGAAGAACGUGACCCGCUGGGAGCGCGCCGUGCAGGACGCGGAGGACGAGCUGGAGGGGGGGCGUCAGGCAGAGGCCAAGCAGAGGCAGGAGAUAGACGCCGACCUGCGCAGGGCCGACACGCUCAAGGCCGAGCGGGCCGGCGCCCGGGCCAAGCAGGAACACGCCGACGACGACGUCAACAAGGCCCGCAAAGACCUGACCAGUAUUCAGAAGGACAUCCAGUCGGUGCAGAAACAGAUCUCCAACAUAGAAUCUCGUAUCGAGAGCAAACGGAGCGACAGACACAAUAUACUACGACAAUGCAAGAUCGAUGACAUAAUCAUCCCGUUACUAGAAGGCAACCUGGACGAUACAGCGGACACCGAGUCUGACCCCUCAACCACACAAGUGUACCGCAAGGAAUCCAGGAUCCGUGUGGACUACCGGUCGUUAUCGGAGAACCUGAAGGACCUGGAGGAGCCGGACGAGAUCAAACGGAAGGCCGACAAGCUGCAGAAAGCGAUCAACUCGCUGCAGAACACCGUCGAUAAGAUACAGGCGCCUAAUAUGAGGGCGAUGCAAAAACUAAACGAAGUUCGUGAGAAAGUAAACGCUACGAAUGAGGCAUUCGUCGCCGCCAGGAAGCGAGCGCACAAAGCUAAACUAGCAUUCGAAAAGGUGAAGAAAGAGCGUCACGAUAAGUUUAUCGAGUGUUUCGAACAUGUCGCAAACGAAAUAGACGCUAUCUACAAAGCCUUGGCUAUGAACCAGUCCGCGCAGGCGUUCCUGGGCCCCGAGAACCCCGAGGAGCCGUACCUGGACGGCAUCAACUACAACUGCGUGGCUCCCGGGAAGCGCUUCCAGCCCAUGUCCAACCUGUCCGGAGGGGAGAAGACCGUGGCCGCGCUCGCGCUACUGUUCGCCAUACACAGCUACCAGCCGGCGCCGUUCUUCCUGCUGGACGAGAUCGACGCCGCCCUGGACAACACCAACAUCGGCAAGGUGGCCUCUUACAUCCGCAGCAAGAAGGGCAGUCUGCAGACCAUCGUCAUCUCCCUCAAGGAGGAGUUCUACGGCUGUGCCGACGCGCUCGUCGGGAUCUGCUCAGAGCCCGCGGAUUGCCUCGUGAGUGACGUGAUGACGCUAAGCCUGGAGCAGUACAGCGACUAGUGUGGUCGCCCGGCGCCGCCUUCAUUAUAAUUAUAUAGAUUUUAAUAUAAACAUAUUUUUAUACUUGAAUGUUUUAGAUGUCAUUCCCUACCUUACUGAUUACUGAUGUUACAUUGUGUCGUUCAGAAAAUUUCAAUGUAAUUAAAUUAAGUGUUAAGUUGACAUAGGAA